UUGUGUUGUGGUUAUUGCAUACAUGAUGCCUUGAAUAAAGGUGUCGGUUUUUGCGCCAGUUAAAAGGGUUAAACCUAUUUCUAUACCAGUACUGUAUUUAUUAUGGCGUCAUACUUCAUCAGGCCACCAGAGGGCGGCCCGAACCGUUCAAUUCGAGUCCCAAGUGUCUCCCUGUUCAAACACGAAAGGGGGCGCCACUUGGCCACAUUGAUUCUGAGCCAGCGGGUGCUAAUUCCAUAUUCCCAUGAAGGCCAGUCUAUCAAUAUUGCAGCUACUGUAAAUCUGAGCAGGGUGUCAAGUGAAGUUAACAGAGCGGUUUCAAUAACAGUUGACCAAAUGUUUAACCAAAAUAUGGUGUCGGUGACACAAUGGCGUGUUUCCCUGACAUUUGGUCAUGGUUUUGUAGAAUUAGUCGUAAACAUGUUUUUCCUCAACUGUGCCACUUUUUGUGUAACAUCAUUGAUGUUUGCUUUUGGGAACAAGAAGUUUUCCCAGGUCACCUGGACCUAUAUUUUUAAUCAGCAAGAUCAAUAUCCGUAAUAAAAGGAUAUGAGAUUAAAUUGACACCGACCAAUUAAAAAACGGAAUGUGGUGUGCACUAUUUUCAUGAUGGCGUCAUGACUGACACCUCCGAUUAGCACUGUUGGCUACGUACGGUGCGAAAGAAGUUCUGCUUCCAUACAUGGGCACAUUAGUUCAUCAAACUGGUUUUCCUAAUGAAAAACAAAAACACCCAUUUAAAUCCGCAUUCAGAAGGGGGUGGUGGUGGUCAUUCUUUUUCUAGUGGUGCGCAUUUCACAUUCCUCUAUAACGAGGACCAGUCUCCAGAUGAUACCUACUCGUUGGCUGCCAAGUUAGUGAAACUUUUUUUUUAUUGACCCGAAGUUAAUGAAACGCCGAGUCUGUUCCAGCCUGAUCUUUCAACUUGAACCUUGACGCUUGUUGGGUGGAACCCCACCGUAAGUUAAUACAUGUGGUGCCUGAUGGACUUUCCAUGUUCUCUCAAAGGGCCACGAGAAGUUUCGAAAUUUUGCGACAACCGACAUUAUGGCUCGAAGGUUAUUUAUACAUCUGGUUGAGCAAUUCAACACAGCUUUUGAGUUUCGUGCUAAACGCCGAUCGAGUAAUCCGUCUCAAGUAGGCGUUGCAGCCGCCGAUAGAAAGCUGACCAAACCCGCUUACGGGCCCAUCUCACAACUACGAGAUAAGAUUUUGAAACCCCACGGCGUCCCCUUGUCGUGAGAUCACUGGGUAUGUUGCCCAGGGUACUGCGACCACGCUGGUUCCGUGGUGCUGCUUGGUUAAGCGGUGGAGGAUCACACCCAGGAACCGGUUCGGAUAUCAGCCAGCUCACGAAUUGUUGUUCGCCGUGGCCGGCAAUAUAACACAAAAAACAACAAACGAAACAACAAAAAAACGUCCAGUUUCAAAGCGCGCGGUUCCGCUAAUCACUUAUAUAUAUACCCCGCCGCUCCACUCGCUCGACCAUAAAUAACGCCGCUGAUGCAUUUUUUUGUGUGUUUGUGUGCGUGCGGUCGAGUUGCGGAUAGCGAAAACAUUUCUGCUUGGACGGCCUUUUGUUGGAUACGUGAGGGAGGAGGAGGAGGUUUGUUUGGGGAGGGGUUUAACGUGGCGGUGACGUCUUCUCGAGAGCCUCCUCCACCAUCCCACAGCAUCGUUCAUCCCGCCACGAUAAUCACAACCACCGAGCCGAGCCGAGGUCAACAUCCUCCGUUGUUGAUCAACCGGCGUGUGGGAAGAUUCGUGGUUAAAGGUCCUCCCUCCUAUACCCUCCCAUACAGUCCGGUUAGGAGGAGAAGGAGGAGGAGGAGUGGGGGGACGAAAGCACAGGCGGGAGGGGGGGGAAGCCGUGAUUUUUAGCGAAUCGUUCGCCGAGUGAUGGUCACGGUGGUGAUGCUGAUGAUGGUGGUGAUGAUGGUGAUGGCUGGCGCGCUCAUUCCCUGGACCGUGGCGGCGAUGGCGUGGGUCCCUGUCGCAGGCUCCAAGCCGAGCGGAGAGAUGUUCUGCGCGUGGUCCGACGACACGGCGAGCAACGGCUCGGCCGCCGGGCACAGCUCGCCCGUGCGUUCCCACAACGAUACCAUCCCCUGCCGCGAGAACAGCCACUGCUACGGGCUGUGGGAGAAGGAGCCGAGCGGCAACUACCGCAUCAUCAAGCAAGGCUGCUGGCUACAGCCCGGGGAGAAGCUCAACUGCCGGCAGUCGGAGUGCCUUGUGUCGGUGCCGCCCACCAAUAUCCUCAACGGACGCUCGCGCUUUUGCUGCUGCGUGGGAAACAUGUGCAAUGCCAACUUCACGGAAACCUACAUCACUCCGCCUCACCCCACCAACGUCCUGCCUCUCGGACCACCGAUGAACGGCAGCUACCGCGAGCAGGCCGUCAUCAUCGCGUUUACGUCCGUCUGCACUGCGGCCGUCAUCAUUAUCAUCCUUUUCCUCAUCUUCCGCCUCUACACGGUAAAGAGAAAAGGAAGUUUCCACAACAUUAACCUGAUUGAGGCCCCAUCGCUGCCCUCCCUGGCGCUUGACAGCUUGAAGCUGAUCGAGGUGAUCGGCCGGGGGCGCUACGCGUCCGUGUGGAAGGGCAUGCUGGAGGAGCAGCCCGUGGCUGUGAAGGUGCUGGGAGCCGGCAGCCGCCACAACUUUGUGACGGAGAAAGAGAUGUACCGCCAGCCUCUGAUGGAGCACGAGAAUAUCGCGCGAUUCAUCGCGGCCGAGGAGCGGAGUGCGGCGGACGGGCGGCCCGAGUACAUCAUCAUCCUCGAGUACUACCCUGACGGCUCGCUGGCGAACUACCUGUCCCACAUCUCCAGCGACUGGCUCGCCUCGUGCAAGCUGGCGCACAGCGUCUCCCGCGGCCUCGCCUACCUGCACGCCGAGCUCGUGCGCGGGGACCAGCACAAGCCGGCGCUCGCGCACCGCGACCUCAACAGCCGCAAUGUGCUGGUGCGCGGCGACGGCAGCUGCGUGCUUAGUGACCUGGGCUUCACCAUGCGGCUCUCGGGCCAGAGGCUUGUGCGGCCCGGAGAAGAGGAGGCGGCCGCCAUCAGUGAGGUGGGCACUAUCCGCUAUAUGGCACCCGAGGUGCUGGAGGGCGCCGUGAACCUGUGCGACUGCGAGUCGGCGCUCAAGCAGGUGGACGUCUACUCACUGGGCCUCGUCUACUGGGAGAUCUUCACGCGCUGCACCGACCUCUUCCCCGGGGAGUCGGUGCCAGACUUCCAGCUGGCCUUCCAGGAGGAGGCAGGGAGCCAUCCGACGGUGGAGGAGAUGCAGGUGCUGGUGUCACGGGAGAAGCGGCGGCCUCGAUUUCCCGACACGUGGAAAGAAAACAGUUUGGCUGUGCGCUCACUCAAGGAGACGAUGGAGGACUGCUGGGACCAGGACGCGGACGCGAGGCUCACGGCCGACUGUGCCGAGGAGCGAAUUGCGGAGCUCGCGAUGGCCUGGGAACGCUCCCGCCCACUGAGCCCCACCGGCAACGGCAACGUGCAUGCCGCACCAUGCCUGCCGGCACACCAAGCCGGCCACAGUGAGAGGAACACAGUUCAGAUCCGGAGAUUCCCCAGGACAGGAUUGUCCGACGCAGAUGGUGCUUCUUGCUCAACCGACGCGCGCGCCGACAGCUCCAUCUCCACAAGUACAUCCGUGUCGGGGGCAGCUACCGAGAAAAACCUCCAGAACAUGGGCCGAGGGUGGCACGGGGCCCCCCCGGGGUCUCCCGAGACGAGCCUCACCACCCUGUCCAGUGCCACCCCCACCGGCGACGACACCGCCACUGGCGUCCCGGUCCGGAACGUCGGCGGCAUGCUGCUGCUCGACGAAGCCACCGCGGCCGAAGCAUCGCGUGUCGCGGCGGCGUCCGGCCCCAGCCCUGCCCGUCUCCAGAUGAUGGCCGCUGACUUGCAAGCAGUUAAGCUCGACCCCACCGAGGCUGACAAGAACCUGAAGGACAGCUCGGACGAGAACCUCACGGAGACGGCCUCGUCGAAGUGCUUCGACGGCGCUGCGCUAAAACUAGGCCCGCUCGUGCAGCUGGCCGCCUCCGCCAUCGGCGACAAGCAGAGGCGCAUGGCACCACCAGACGCACGGCUGCUGCGCUCGCAGGCCCUGCAGACGCCGCCACGGCCGCCCUUGCCCAAGCAGCCCAACGUGGCCGCCAGGGUGCGGCCUAGCACCCUGCCACUCCAGUUGACGACGACGGCCAACGGCAGAGGCCUCCGCGCGAAAGCGGGCAACGGCAGGGAUGAGAAGUCGAACAUCCGGCACGAAGCGGCGGCGGCGACCGUGGCGGUGAAUGCUGCUCGCCCCGUGGCUGAGACAGCCGUGGAGGACGAUCGCAGGCCGGGCGAGUCAGCCACAAGGGAGGCUGCCAUCGGGCUGUCUACCGCUCGAGACUCCACCUCGCAGUCGCCUAGCGUCCAGGACGAACACGCGCCGCUUCUGAGAGGUGAGAGGCACCAUUCGAGGGGGAGGUCUGGUAACAGUAACAACAGCAACAACAACAGCGGUGGUGGCGGCGACGCUGGUGGGGUUGGUGGCAGCGGCGGCAGUGGCACUGUUGGGGUUGGCGGCGGCGGCGGCGAUGGUUGCGGUACAGCGGCAGAGGAAAGCGCCAGGGGGCUUGUUGCUGCUUGUGAGAGCCGGAGUUUGGCCGAGCGAAGGCUGCGGAGGCCAAACUCGCUGGACCUGGGCAAGGCACUGUUUGGAGGCGUCUCGCGGGAAGCAGCCCUCCACCCCUCAGGUCAGCUGCCGAUUCCAGCCGAGCGCAUCAAGAGGAGGGUGAAGACGCCGUACUCACUCCGCAGGGGGCGACCAGCCACCUGGGCCGCACUGUCCAGCAACGCGGCAUCUUGCGUCGACGCCUCUUCGCUGUCUGGCAGCUUCUCGCUGGCGCUGUCAGGCAGCGGCGAGGACGCUGUGUGACCCAGCGCUGCGCAACACCGAGCCGGGAGGCCGGGUGACAGAGAUGCGGGAACUGUUUUUUUUUGUGUCAGAGGACUGAGCCAGGUGAGUGGCCUCCGACAGAACAAGAUCAAGGCCGAGUUCAACGAGAGCGAUGGAUCGGGGACUGUGGGUAACAGUUUUGUGACACACAGGGCUUAGUUUCUCAGUGAAUAUUUUCUGGGUAACUGCUGGACUAGAGUGCAGAUGUGUGACAAGUUUCCGCGGCCAUACCAAGAGGUGUACUAGAUGCGGCGUGCCGGUUGUGGAAAUAUUGUUUGGGAUGCCGACCAGGACAGACCCAGGUGAAAUUAAGGCCUAAUUAAGUGUUCCUUUGGUCGCAGCAGUCAUGAAGGUGACACAACUAUGGAGAGCACAAAGUACACAUGUACAACGUACAUACGACAUGUAUGUCUUUGCAAAGAGACAUUGGGCAACGUUUUCUUAAGCGUACAGCAAGUGAACGUACUCUACAGUAAACUCGCAAAAAUACUGUGUUUCUGUUGAGACAUUAUUGGGUUUUUAAAAUUCUGAAAUCGGUAUCACUUCUGUAAGUUCUUGUGGUAUUUCUGAGAAAUAUCAAAAUAUAUUAAGUUUUGGGGCGCCUACAUUACCGUUAUUAUUGCUUUAACAUCGUUAUCUCGCUCUGUUAAAUCUGAUUGAUAUAUUCCGACAUUUAGAUAAGAUCUACAAAUUUUAUGAUCUGUUCCACAUGUACAGCUUGUUCAUUUAUAGGACAUGUUAAGUCUAAAUAUUAUUGUACAAUAUUGCAUACUGGCUUGGUAAUAUUAUAAGUCUAAGUAAAAACAGCAAGUAAUUAGUAAUUUAUGAUGUCCUUUCAUUGCCUAGAUAAGACUCGUCUUUGCUUCAUAUUAGAAAAUGAACCCCACAUGCAGCAUACCACGCAUUCAUUCAUCCCUGCAGCACUUUAGUUUGCUCUGAUAAUUUUAUUUGGUCAUUCUGUAAUCGUUAUUGCUGGUUUUGCUGUAAUUUGCAGUAAAUUGCACUUUUAUGCAUACGUAUUUUUUUAUUGUGUUGAAAUUUGUCCCAGAAAAACGAUUGCCUAUGUUACGUUGUAAAUAGUCAAGAAGCGUAAGCGAUCAGCACUUAUUUGCGGUUCCUCAUUCUGUUGGAAGAUUACCUGACAUGUUUUGUGAACUUAGCCUCGUUGCCAGAAUGUCAAAAAUGCUUCGGGUUAAGAUACAGUGUGCUCUUUAUUGAACUGCCAUUCAUAAUGAGAUUCAUGUAAACAUUUAUAAAACAAUGUCAUUUACGAAUUAAAUUUGCCGACUGUUAUCUUAAACUCACGUUUUGUUUGUUAUAAAAUGAUCAGAAAAAUGCCACAGCCGUUUAUGAAAUGCAAUAACAACAAAACUGUAAGUACAGUAGUUUGAUGGUGUCUGCUGUUAUAAAAAAAUAAAAGUGAACAUGCUUUGA